AUUCGGCGGGCUCAAAAAGGCGUACCGGCAAUGCAGAAUGGCCAAGGGAGCGUACUGAUGAUCGGCGAUCGAGCCUAAGAAAUGGGGACCAAGAAUAAUCCGACGAAUGGCUGCGCUGAAGAAUGCCAUCGAAAGAGAGGUCAGUGCGUCACGUUAAAAACGAGUGAAAUUCGGGUGAAAGUGAAUUGCUGCCGAGAUAUCAUUGGUGGCUCUCGUCGGCUAAUUGCAUGCGCUCUGCCAGAUAUGGUGUACGACGAGUACAUCAGACAGAGAACUCACCAGCAAGGCACUUUAUCCUGCUAUUCUAGACGGUUGCACAGGGUGGAGAAUAGAUCCACCUAACUGACAAGCUCCUCAAACGAACGUCUCGCUAGCCGAGAAGAGUCCUUC